AAUUACCAUAUCAACGGUAGGGUGAGUCGUUCAAUCAUUAUUUUAAUUGCUGCGGUGUUGAUAUUUAUAAUUGUUGAUAACGUUCAUCAGAAACCUGCGUGAGUAUUGAGUACAAUAUCAAACUGAAGUUGAAUUAAUGCGCUAUUCAUCAGUUGAUAGUUUAUUUAAUUGGUUGAUACUAAAGUUGGUGAUAUUUGAUGAGAAUGAUAUUGAAUUGAGAGUUGACGAACUAUGAAUAAGAUUGAGUUGAGCCCCGACAUGUCGAGCUAAACUUUGUUAGUCUGUCUAUCCUUAAUUAAUCCACGGUUAAGCUUGAGGCGGGGCGGCGCUCGAAAAUGCCCAUUGCACGCCGAGAUUAACCCAACAGGGGACGCUGGAGGGUCGCGGCGUCGCGAGGCCUCCAGGUCUGGUUUAUGUUUAUUUGUGGACGCGGGGGAUCACUAGGCAGCCGCGUUCAUUGCACCCCCAGGUCUAGGUUGCAGAAUAGGUCGUGGGGAGAACGCUGGAAGGUGAUCAUUGCACUUGCUCGUUGGUCCGUGAGACGGCUUCGGCUAUGAGGUUAAGGGACUUGUUCGCCACCUGCACUAUGAAGAGGGCUUCCAUUGCACGCUCAGGGCUAUGUGUGAUUAGCAGUUGAGCAGGUUAGCCAAAAAGGUGUUCAUUGCCCGGAACCGCCCCUGAGAUACGGCUGCGGCCAUGAGGUUUAUAGGGACUUGUUCACCACCUGCACUAUGAAGAGGGCCUCCAUUGCACGCUUAGGGCUAUGUUUGAUUAGCGGCUGAGCAGGUUGGCCAAAAAGGUGAUCAUUGCACUGCCCGAAACCGCCCCCUUUUUAUGUUGGUCAUAGGCGAGUACCAUGAACAUAAUAUCCAUUGCACGCUUGGUGUUGAAUGACCUGCGGGUCUCGAAGUAGACGCUGGACGGAUAUUACCGGGGUACUCAUUGCACAACCUAAGACAAGUGGUGGAUGACAAGGCAGCGUUGCCUAUUGCACGUCAGAACCGCGAGGUGGUCUCUCGAUUGCUGCUGAUCCAGAGACAGGCGGGCUGGGUGGUAUCUAUGAGCAAAGGGGUAACCCUUUGCCUGGUUUUCCCCUAUGCUCCUGGAGUCCUAUUGACCAGGACUGCGACUGUUAACCUUUUAAACCCCUUGGACAGAGCUCAACCGAUUCUAUUCGAAUUACAUAUUUUAUUGAUGGUAGAUUUGCAUAAUUAUUUUGGGUUAACGACUGUUACAUUUAUUGGUUCACAAAUGGCGAUUGUGGACGUCUCACUCUGAUGGACUGGAUUACUCACACCCCCAUUUUAUUUUUCAGACGUUGUCUUAACUAAAAUUGAUGACCUGACCCCGACACCUCGGCACCAGCUCUCCUGACAGGAUUAUUUAAAGUGGUUGAGUACUUUCAAAGUUAGUAAAGUAGUGAGUUGCUAAAAUUGCCGUCGGUCCAAAGAUUUUCCUGAUAUUUGAUAAGCAUGUUAGCGGAAUAUAGGCAGUUCCAAUGGCAAUACCCAGGCGUACCCGACGCAGGCGCCUGCGAAGGCGUCGAAUAGUACGAAUACGCAGUAGUCGCGUAGUACGCAGUUCAAAUCUGUAUAAAAUAAAAUGGUGUUUUCCGAAUAGUGUCUUUCAGGCGGUAAAACCCCAUUCACUCUUGUUUACCCCUUUGGGAAGCUAACAUCAGAAGUGGGAUUCGAGAAUCCUACCGCGAAGUUCCCACUAGUGUCUGUUGUGAAAUAGUUUAAGACAAAGAACAAUGGCGGAGGAAAACAAUCUUCCUGAAGACAUCUCGAAUCUUGAAGACGAGAAUGUGACAGAAGAAGAACAACAAGACAAUCAUCCCCCCGCCCCAAAACGAGCCAAGGUUGUGUGGCAGGAAACGCUAAUUGCGCUUGUAGCUGCUUAACAAAAACAGUUAUCUGAGAUGACCGAAAUAACACGUCAUUCCAAGAUGGCAACUGGGCCAACACCUAGCACGUCAGCAACCGGAGAAGGUUCUGCGCAAGCUUUAGCAAACACAUCUUUCCGCUUGUCGGAAUUUAAUCCCGAAAGUAGCGAUUACGCAAUCGAGGAUUGGUUGGACAUCGCAACUAAACUUAAGGUAGAAUUACAUAUUGGGGAUGUCCUCAUGAUUGCCAAAGCGGGCGAAGCUCUUAAGGGGAGUGCCCAUCGAUACUACUGUGACUGGAGACCAGUACAUCGCACCUGAGAUGAAUUUUGCAAAAACCUUAUAGUUGCGUUCCCAGAUCGCGAAACACCAGGUGCCCGAGCAUUUACUGCUGCUACUCUCCGCAGUCGCGAUUGUGAGUCACUUAGCGACUACGGAAUCCGAAAGCUUCGAUCCAUCAAUCGAUUCUAUCGCGACUUGCAUUGGAACACCAUCCUUAGUAUGGUAGAGUAUGGGUUGGACCACGGAGAAGCUCAGGCUACCAUCCGCAUGCAUCAACCCACUGAUGAUCGGGAGCUCCUGAAGAUCCUGAGCGAGUUUGAUGCUCGCCGCAGGAAACAGCGAGUCGUGCAAAACCAGAGUUCUCGGUCCACUGAUGUGUCUAGUAUGCCGCGACGUCGUGAAAAAUUUGUGAAAGGAUCUUGCUUUAGAUGUGGUCAAAGUGGACACCAUAAAAACAAUUGUAAUGUGGACAUUGACAAAGAUACUAGUACUAAGGUGGCAGUAGAGACAAAAGAUGGCCCACCAACGUGUUCCCACUGUAAGAAGAUGGGACACACGGAGUCAAAUUGUUGGUUGAAACACGGCAGGCCAAAAAAAGCGUUUGUGGUGAAAAAGUACCGCCACUUGAAUACAACGCCAAUGGCUUCGUUGUUAAAGAAAAACAAUAAGUUUAGGUUCGUUUACUUAAUUGAUAGUGGUGCUGACGUUUCCAUCAUAAAACAUUCUGUAGUUAAAGCGUUGGACGCUCGAAUUCGUAACACUAGUGAAUCGUGUGCUUUCGCUGGUGUUGGAACUCAAACCGUAUACGCUGUGGGUGUUUCCGAACUAAUUAUCUUUUUGCCAAAAGUGACUCUCGAAGUAGCCUUUUUGGUUGUGCCCGAUUCCGCAAUUCCUGGUAAUAUUGACGUGAUUAUUGGCUGGGAUGUGAUAAGUCGAUCUUGCUUACGCAUCGAGAAAACAAGCGAGGGUCUCGAGUUACACCAUGACCAUCGCAAUCUUCCGAAAGUAUUAACAACGCAUUGCCUAAAAAUAAACCGAAGUGGUCUCACCGAUGACAUCAACCAACGAUUAGAAACAAUGUUGGAAACUUAUCGAAAUAAUACACGGGAUCAUAUUACUACCGGGAAAAUGCAGAUUCGUAAUUGAAGACAAUUUGAAUUCUACUGUUCAUUCUGCAACUGGUUACGUACCCGCAGUACUACAAUUGGGAAUAAAUCCGAGAUUGGUCGCAACUCAACAAUUUUUGGGAGACGCGCCGACAAGCGAUCAUUUCGUCGACCCUGACAAGGCCGUCGCCGAUGCACGUGUCCGUAUGCAGGAAAACAAGAAAAAGCACGCUCAGCGAUUCGAUGCGACUCGAUUUCGUUCAAGUUUAUUUUUGGAAGGAGAUAAGGUAGCAGUUGAAGAUUCUCAACUAGCUGGUGGUGGAAAGUUAAAAGCGAAGUACAUAGGCCCUUAUACUGUGUCAAAACGACUUCCGAACGAGAGAUAUCUGUUAACGAAAAAGGGACAGAGGACCACUGUAGCUGCACACGAACAGUUGAGAUCUUGGCCCUCAACGGAGACUUCUGAUUAAGUUACUAAAAUUUCCCUUGAGUUGCGUUGCGAGGACGCAACAGGAACAGGAUGGCCGUGUUAGCGGAAUAUAGGCAGUUCCAAUGGCAAUACCCAGGCGUACCCGACGCAGGCGCCUGCGAAGGCGUUGAAUAGUACGAAUACGCAGUAGUCGCGUAGUACGCAGUUCAAAUCUGUAUAAAAUAAAAUGGUGUUUUCCGAA